AUGGCGACCCCUGAUACUGUCGGCGUCGAUGCCGGCCACGACUACACACGGCCGUCGGAGGCGGAUGCUGACAGUAACACCGACGUUACUAAGGAUGUCAGCUUGGAGCUGACCGAUUCUGCCCCCGACGCUCCCGGGGGCUGUCUAAGAGACAGCAAAGACAAGCAAAAGGAGCGCAGGCCGUCUGCCUUCGACCGGCUGCCGGACGAGAUUAUCGAGCAAAUCCUCCAGACCGUCGACUCCAACGGCUUUGCCUCGCUGGCCCUGCUCAACACGAAAUGGCGUUCCGUCGCCCAGCAGGCCCAUCUCUACGCUCAUCACCUCGCCCGCUGCCCUUCCUAUGCCAUGGCACAUAAGGGUUCACUGAAGGCUUCUGGCGAAGACUUACCGCGACUACGACGACUGUUCGCUCGUGAAGUCAAGCGCAACCUGUUUGAGGCGUACCUGCGUCCGAGCCGGACGGUUAUUCGGGUCAUUUCCAACUCGAUCAGCAGCUCAUCCUGUCCCGGAGGGGAGGGCAUCCAGUUCAGUGCCUCGCCGAGGGGGCACCAUCUGCUGGCGUAUAAUUCGUCGCGGAUCCAUGUCAUCGACGCCCGCACGGAGGAGAUCACGGUGAAGCGCGAGUUCAAGAUCGCUAGACGGCCGGCCGCGACGUGUAUCAACGAUGAGGGGUCUUUGCUGGCUGUCUUGUCGACCGAGAUGCAGGUCGAUAUGUAUGACCUAACCAAGGCGCCUCCCAAGCGCACGCAGUCGCUGUUGCUGGAUCAUCCCCCGAGGACAAUUGCCCUGUCGCCGUGUGGAUCGGUGCUGGCGGCGGCAUAUGAGGGGGGCAUUGAGGUGAUGUCGCUGAACCCGAAUAAUGUGCCGACGGAGAGGAGGUCGGUGAAGUGCGAUUCGGUGGAUGCGCUGGCGUUCUCGUUUGAUGGGACACAGAUUCUGGGGACCACGGUACACUCGUCGCAGCCGCAUACUGUGGUGAUUACCGCGCCGUACUAUGAUCCCGGGACGACUCACCUGACGAAUCACAAUAUUAGCGCGUUGUGGACGACCUCGAUCUUGUUUCCUAAUACCAGCCGCGAUUGCAGCCACGCUGUGCUGAUCCAGGACGGGAAGUAUGAGGAGGCCGCCUGGGCAUUUACCUACGACCGGAGCUUCGAGACCUUCCGAGCCGUCCGCAUCGACGACCUGCGCAACGGCACGACUUACUUCACCGGCCCUCUACCCAGCGCCCACUCCCAGGCCAAGCUCCUCCCCUGCACUUUGCCCGCCGCCUCCUACCACGGCGAGCUCGUCUCCGCCGGCUUCAGCGGCAAAGACGUCUGGCUGUAUGGCGUGCCCGAGGACCUGGACGCCGUGCCCGAGACGGUAACACCCUCCGCGGACGGCAGCUCGACUGCUUCGACUCUCCUAAGGCGGCACUCCUCCCGCUCAUCGCGCGCCCAGCAAGAUAGCGAUGAUUCAGCGCGCGUCCCGCAGUGGCAGUUGCUCUGUGAUAAGCUGCGGAACACGUUCGUUGCGGGGUACAAGAUCACCGAGCUGGAGGGUGUGCAGACGGUCAAGUUCGUCGCUGACUUCGGCGGGUCGUGCAUGAAGGAGAGGUUGAUCAUUGCCGCGCGGGGGGCCGUGCCGAAUGUGUGUGCUACGGAGGAGGAGGGGAUUGAUUUUGUUGACGGGGGGCGGAUCACCGUGUUGGAUUUUGAUUAUUCCCCGCAUGAUGGAGGUGUCAAAGAGAUGGUUAUUGAGGUUGGGUCGAAGGAGCCUGAAGUCCUGGAGGAGGAGCAUAGGGAUAUUGAUACCGAGGUUGCGAUUGUGAGGAGGAGGACUGUGGCACAGAAGAAGGCGAGUCGUGCUAGGGGGCUGGCCCCUACUACAACGGCGAGACCGCCGCCACUGCCGGAUAAUGUGGCGGAUGACCCCCUCGUGCCGAGGCGUAUCGGCGUCCCCGCUUCGCAGAGCGACACUCAAGCCACCGAUGACACCGAGGAACAGUCCAUCGAUGAGCAGGAGGCUUUAGAUGCCCCCUACGAACACGCCUCCCCCCGUACCGCCCCAACCCUCCGCCGCGCCGCCACCGCCGCCGCCCGCACCCGCCGCCAAUAUCAGUCUGCUGCGGGUAACCACAUCGUCUACCGCCGCGCCGACGGCCGGCCAUACCCGCCGCACGAAAGCGAUGCAGAUAACUGGGUGCCGCCCCCGCCCCCGUAUCAGAAGGAGGAUCCCGGAGAUUUGCCGGCGUUUUUGAGGGGCGUGGAUAUUAAAAAGUUGUUGGAGAGUAUGCAGAAGGGAACUGUUGGGGUUGGCGGCGUCUCGGAGUUGGUGCCGGUUGUUACGCCGCAGGUUACGGGGGCUGUGCCGGUUGCUACCCCAUCCGUGCCGGCGCCCGUUGUGCCGGCUGGGGCUGUGGGAGGGGUGGUGAUGGAGGAGCAGGAGGUAAUGAGGCAUCCCUACAGGCAUAGUUCGGCUUCGAUGGUGCCGCAGGUGAGGAGGUCAAAUACCGUCGCUCCGGGGACAGGGAAUAAUAGGGUUUCGAUGCCGGCGAUGGAGGGGCAAUCCGUGACUGUGGUGCCGGGGCCCGGGGUCCCGCCAGUGCCGGCUCUGCCUGCUUUACCGGCUUUGCCAGGGGCAGUGAGGGCUCCGGUUCGGCAGCAGGCUCAGGUCCAGGCUCAACCACAGCGGCCUACGACGGUAACUGACCCGCGGUAUCUGAACGGGGAGAAUAUCUACGACAGCACCCCGCCGAGCUCCCCUCGUCAGCAAGCUAGGCGUGUGUCCACUCUCCAGGGGCAGCCUCCUGCGCUGACCCUCCAAAUUCCGGGGAGUCGGGGAGAGGAGCUCCCGGGAAGGAGACUUUCGGUGUCGAGGACGUGGCCGAUCCAAACAACCUCCCAGAGCACAAGCUAUCCGCUAUCGGCACCGCCUGUUACGGCGCCCAACCAGGUCAACUCCUCCCCCGCUGCUGCUCUUACGCAGCCACGACCACCAGCAGCAACCCCUACCACGGGGGAGCCUACGGCGUGGAGGAGACCCCAGUCAACACUCUCUUCUUACCGCCCCCCUCCCCAGCAUCAGCGCCCAGCUUCAGCCCUCCCGUUGCCGAUAACCACAUCUAUUGCCCCGGCUGAGCCAAUGCCCCUGAUUAUUUCCACACCUAAAGGAGUCCAAGGUGGUUUCGACUCAGCUCCCCGUCCGUCAGACGACAGACCUGGUACGGCAUCCGGGCUAGGUAUCAACACGACCACAGCCCUCCUGGAGCGCGCAGACACCCCCAUCCUAUCCCCAACACCCCGCCGACCCCGGGGCAUGGCUCAGCGCAGAGCAGAGUUCUUAGAUGGGGAGUUUGGCGGGGAGGUUGAACGGGAACAGCGGGCACGGGCACAGAGGAGGGAAUUGUUCCCGGGCGCCCAAGGGGCCCAGGGGCAAUGCUGUACGGGUUCAGGGGGCCGCUGUGCUGACGGUGCCACAACCCCGAGAACAGGAACGGCGAGUAGAGCGGGGGGAAGGAGAGGGUUCUUCUUUGCACGCCGCGUGCCGUCUGUCUUGUCGCGGAGGGGGAGCAGGCGGUCGACUGCCGCGUCCCGCCGUCGUCAAGCAACACCUGCGGAUAACGUACCCCCUGUCCCACCUUUGCCCCCCCGCACGAUACCGCUAUUAGGAGCGGGGCCGGUGCAACAACCCUCGGCGGCGGUACUUGCCGGAUGGGUCAACCCGGACGGGACGUAUGUUGGGCGGGACAGGAGCACAAGGAGUCAGGCUAAGCUAGCGAGGAGCGUGAGUACGAAACGGGGUAAGACGAAGAAGAAAGGGAAGGGGAAGAAGAAAGAACGGGAGGUUGAUGUAGAGAGUAGCGUGUGGACGGAUGUUACGGGGUGGAGUGUGGCUGAUACGAUGACGGGGACGGUUGUUGGAGGUCCGAGGAGUGUUAUGGGGGAUGGGACGGGGAUGGCGGGGGUCGGGGCUCAGGGUUAUGCUGGGUAUGGAGGAAGGAAGAGGGAGAAGGAGAAGUGCGUUGUUAUCCGAGGGCUACGCUCGGCCAUCUUACGGCCCUCUCCCUCGCUCAGGAGGAAUUUCGCCGCUGCAACUAUCUCCCUCGACCCUUCGAGGGCUUCAAAUGAAGAGUUGCAGCAAGCAACCCUCUCCCUCCUCGAAGAAUCCCUCGGCAUCGGCGCCGGCCCUUCUUCCUCCGACCCCGCCCUCCGCGACGAACAAACCCGCUUCCACUCCCGCCGCGCCGCCAUCGUGCUCGUCUCCCAAUCCUUCGCCCACUGGUUAAAGGAUGAGCACUUCCUUGCCAAACUCAUUGUAGCAUCGGGCGCUGUGCCUGGCCGCGUCCCGCAAAAGGCGCCGAGAGGGUGCACCGUGAAUUGUCUUGCCGCCGUGGUGGAUGAGGUGCCUGUUUGGGAGAAGAGGACGGGACAACUGGCGAGUGCGGAGGGGGUUAGCGUGGCUAGGGGGUGGAUGGGGGGACGGUGGUUAGGAGGUUUGUGGGAUGAUAUGACGGGGGAGGAUAUCCAGGGAGAGGCGGGGCAAGAGCCGCCGCAUCUGGAGGUGCAUAUUCCCCGCGUGGAGUACACGGGGCAUGUGAAGGUCAAGUUGCCGCUGGCGAAUACCAUAUUCACCACAGGAACGGAGUACACUUUGUUCGCCUCCCGCUGGUCGGCGUCCCAGCCGGGGGAGGUUCCCACUUUGCUGGAGCGGACUGUACCCGGGCAAAAAAGAAAGCAAGAGAUUGUGUUUACGGAAAGGAUGCUACAGUAUCGCGAGGACAGCGUGAGCACUCUUCUUGCGCCGCUGGUACCCCUCACCCCGGCGAGAGAGGUCGUCUCUGCGCUGGGGAAUAUCCUCAAGGAGCUGCAGGUUGACGGGCAGGCUGUGCCGGCGUCGAAGGAGUUGGAGGAGGUUAUUCCGGCGCUGUUGGAACACCGACGUAAGGAGAGGGAGAAGCAAGGUUGGACGAGCGAUGAGGGGGAGCUGACGGGGAUGGACGUGUGGGCGUUGGUGAUCCCGAAAAGGUAUGUCGAGGCUGGGCUGCCGAUGUUAGAGCAGAUUGACUUUAGAGAGAGGUAUGUGCCGCGGGAGGAGGGGGAUUUAGCGGGGAAGACGGCGGACCAAAUGGCGAGAUUGGUGAGUUGUGGGGCGCAGUUGAGGAGGGUUGUAUCCGGCGGCGGCGGCUGGGGCCCCAAACAAGGCCUGCUCUCGCUCGACCCCGAUCUGCAUCUCUCCCCCUCCCAAUCCGACUCGCUCGCCUCCUUUAUCUCCUCCUUCCGCCCCAACUCUUCGUCUCCGUCAAACAGCAAAGCCCCCGAUACAUCAGAAGAAGGAGGAGGAGGAGAACACCCCACCCCCAAGGCGACCUCCUCCUCCAGCAAAGCUACAUCCAAUUUCUCACCCCUCCCGCCCCUCCAUACCGCCGUAACAUCUGGGCAACUCCCUUCCCGCGCCCCCUCGACCCGGCAACCCUCCCAUUCGGGUCUGCCCCCGUCAUAG